AUGGCGCCGGUUGCAACGGCGUCGUAUCGUUCAUUUAGUUCUGCAGCACUUUCAAUUACAGUAGUAGUCCUGAUCAUGGGCUUUGGCACGGCUUUCUCACAGGCCGACAACAACAACAACGAUAACGGCGGCGAUGGCGGUGGCUUCAGCGUGAAUCUCAUCCCCCGAAACUCCCCCGGCUCUCCUUUCUACAAACCCUCUGAAACUCAUUUUGCCCGCCUCCGCAAUGCCUUCCGACGUUCCAUUAAUCGCGCCAAUCACUUUAUCGCCGGAAUAUCACCGAACGCAGUCGACGGCGGUCUUUCCCAGGUCAUCCCGGACAACGGGGAAUAUCUUCUCAACAUAUCCGUCGGUACGCCGCGCACCGAGAUCCUGGCCAUCGCCGACACCGGCAGUGACCUCAUCUGGACGCAAUGCGCCCCUUGCGCCAAAUGCUACCGCCAAAAAGCCCCACUCUUCAACCCUAAGAAAUCCUCCACUUACACCACCAUCCCAUGCGCUUCCAAGGCCUGCACUUCCUUGGACGCCACCAAGUGUAGCGCCGGCCGGGACAGCACCCGCUGCCAAUACGUCGUCCAAUAUGGAGAUGGUUCCUACUCCGUGGGCAUUCUCUCCGCCGACGCCAUCAGCUUGGGCACGUCCGGGAGAAGACCCAUUUCCCUCCGCCGGACCAUCUUCGGGUGUGGGUACAGGGACGGCGGCACGUUCGGCGAGGACGGGUCGGGCAUCGUCGGUCUCGGAGGUGGGCCCUACUCUGCCGUUUCACAAAUGAAGUCCUUGAUCCGCGGCAAGUUCUCCUACUGCCUUUUACCCCUCGGGACCGAUGGCUCUAGCAAAAUGAACUUCGGCGCCCAAGCUGCAGUUUCCGGUGCCAGGGCGGUUUCUACUCCGUUGGCUUCAAAAUAUCCAAGCACUUACUAUUACCUCACAUUGGAGGCCAUUAGUGUGCAAAGCAAAAGGCUGGACUUCGUAUCUUCUUCUUAUUCGUUUGGCAGUUCCAAAGCGACGGACGCAGGGAACAUCAUCAUAGACUCGGGGACUACCUUGACGCUUUUGCCGAAGGAGUUUUACUCCCAGUUGGAAUCGGCAGUGGCAGCAGAGGUUAGUGGAACGCGGGUGCGAGACCCAGAGGGUCAGCUGUCGCUUUGCUACAGAAGUAAAAAAGACAUAAAUGCUCCCGUUAUCACAGCGCAUUUCACAGGCGCCGACGUGCGGUUGAAACCUUUGAACACCUUCGUGAGAAUCGCAAAUGAUAUUGUUUGCCUCGCUUUUGUCCCCACUGCAAACAUUGCCAUCUUUGGGAACUUGGCACAAAUGAACCUCUUGGUGGGCUAUGACCUCAACGCAAGAACCGUGACCUUUAAACCCGCCGAUUGCUCCAGAUUGUAA